AUGGAGCAGCUACGUCCAGCCGAUGAAGUAGAAAUAAGACAACUUAUACAAAUCUACGAACGAAACCUUCCAGAGUCUGUGCAGUUUAUGUUAAUAUUGCAAAACAUUUUACGCAUCAAGACAACAGUUCAACGUUCGGAACCAGAAACAGUUUCGCAUAGACUACGGAAAACCGUUUACGUUCCAAAAAAAGAAAAUAAUAACCAUUUUGCUACAUUCGUUGCCAUCAGCCGUGAAGACGAUCUACACAUUAUGGCUCACUCUCUAGAAAAUCCUCCUCUUGAGCUAUGUAGUGCACUUGAAACAACAAGUUUUAUAGACUGGCAGCGUAAGCCUACGUUUGUAGUUGGCGGAGCAAAAAUAGUCCAUGAACUAAUUCAUCGAAAAGCCCAGGAAUUAAGCUUACAGAUUGAUACAGCAGAAUACGUUAAUUAUUGGAUUCCACAAGAAAAAGCGGCAAAAAUCGAGUUCGUAGUUCCAAACGAUGUGCUAUUGAAACCAUUAAAGAAAGACCAUGGAAAAAUUUUAAACGACAUGUGGCCUUACCGUUACGGAUCCUCCCAGUGGUACAUCGAAUCAGCCAUCACGCAUAACGGUGGUCUAGGACUGUUUGAUAAAACUUCAGAAGAGCUUGUUGCAUGUGUGUUUAAGAACGAUCUGGAUGGUAUUGCACAUCUGUACACUGUGCCUGAUCGCAACAACAGAGGAUAUGGAAGCACACUUGCAAAAGCAAUGACACGUCUCAUUGCAGUGCAUCAUCAACAACACGUGCAAACAUUCAUAACUCCACAAAACAGCAAAUCGAUUAGACUAUUUGUAAAACUUGGUUUUGUGGCUGUAAACAAAAUAUAUUGGCUUAUAUUGCAUUAA